GAGUAUGAUUAGAUGUUCAAGGUGCAGAGAAAAGUUGAGUAUUUCCUCAGAGAUGAAAAUUUCUUUCUUCAUCCUGUUGUUCAUGGUAGGCUUCAAAGUUAAUAUUGGAGCGUGCCAAAAUGAGUGCUCAGAAUUACGCUGUGGAGACUCCGGUCCACCUAUCAAAUUCCCUUUUCGACUCAAAGACAAGCAUCCUGAUUACUGUGGCUACCAUGGAUUUGAUUUAUCCUGCAAUGGAAGCAACAAUACGGUGCUUGAGCUGCCAAUUUCAGUGAAGUUCACCGUCACUCAUAUCAACUACAAAUCUCAGGUAAUUCAAGUGGUUGAUCCAGAUGGUUGUGUUCCCAGGCAGUUUCAUAAACUUAAUCUGUCUGCCUCUGCCUUCCAAUUCAAAGGGGGUGGGUACCAAGAUUAUACUUUAUUCAAUUGUUCACCAGCAGAUAGAAAUUUAUAUUAUCAAAUUCCCUGCCUUAGUGGGACUAGCCACCAAAUGUUGGCUAUAUAUUCAGAUUUUUCCAUCGACGAAGUUCCCAUUUCGUCUUGUACCAAACUGUAUAACCUUCCACCUGUUCCACUUGAUAUAUUCGAGUCAGAAAAUGUUCUUCGUUUGGAAUGGUUCAAACCAGAAUGUAAACAUUGUGAGAGGAAAGGUGGAAAAUGUAAAUUGAAGAACAACAAUGACACUGAAUCAGAAACGGAGUGCUUCAAAGUGGGCAAACAAGGUGCCCGUGCCUCAACAAAGCUAGUGGUUAUAGGUGUGAUCCUGGGUUCAUUUUUAUUUGUGGUGGCACUUGUUUCUCUCCAUCGGUUGUACACUUUUGACAGAAAACAAACCAUGAUUGAAGAAUUUUUGGAAAAUUACAGAGCUCUCAAGCCCACAAGGUACUCUUAUGCUGAUAUAAAGAGGAUCACCAAUACGUUUAGAGACAAGCUGGGACAGGGGACCUUUGGAACAGUGUACAAAGGAAAGCUUUCCAAUGAGAUCUUUGUUGCUGUAAAGAUCCUCAACAAUUCCAAAGGAAAUGGGGAAGAGUUUAUCAAUGAAGUGGGAACAUUGGGUCGAAUCCACUACGUCAACGUGGUUCGAUUGGUUGGCUAUUGUGCUGAUGGAUUUAGACGAGCUUUGGUUUAUGAAUUUGCACCAAACGGUUCACUGCAGAAUUUUAUAACAUCAGCAGACAGCAACAACCAUUUCCUUGGUUGGGAGAAGCUGCAAUAUAUUGCUCUCAGCGUAGCCAAAGGAAUUGAGUACCUUCACAACGGAUGUGACCAACGAAUCCUUCAUUUUGAUAUCAAACCUCACAAUGUUCUUUUGGAUGAAAACUUCAAUCCAAAAAUCUCUGAUUUUGGUCUUUCCAAGUUGUGCGCCAACGAUCAAAGUGCAGUUUCCUUGACAACUGCUAGGGGCACCAUGGGUUACAUCGCACCUGAAGUCUUCUCUAGGAACUUCGGUAACGUGUCCUACAAGUCAGAUGUGUACAGUUUUGGAAUGUUGUUACUUGAAAUGGUUGGAGGCAGGAAAAAUGUUCAGGUCACAGAGGCGAACAGCAGCCAGGUUUAUUUCCCUGAAUGGAUCUAUAAUCUUCUAGAUCAAGGAGAAGACAUCCGCAUCCACGUUGAGCAAGAGACUGAUGCUAAAAUCGCAAAGAAACUCGCAAUUGUGGGGCUAUGGUGCAUCCAGUGGUACCCGGUAGAUCGUCCUUCCAUGAAAGCUGUAGUUCAAAUGUUGGAAGGAGAAGACAAUGUAAAAAUGCCCCCUAAUCCUUUCUCAUCGACUGCUUCAACAAGAGACAGGGUUACAAUACCUGCAAAACGCCCCCACCAAGAGUUACCUGUAAUAUCCGAAUUAGAUUGACGAAGUUAGAAUGAUUAGUCAGAAGUGCAAUUGUUUUUGUAUCUAGGGACUAAUAUCAAAUAAACUAGAGCGUCGGGGAAUAAACUGAUGAGAAAGUAGUGUUAGAUAAUGAAAAGCAUAUGGAAUUCCCCAAA